CAUAGCUGUUUUAUUUUGAAAGCGGUUUCCGGAAGACCUGGCUGACAUGAGGUGGAGGCUGCUAGUUAGUUUACGACAACGCUUAACUGUUAAUGUAACUAGCUAGAUGGCUUUGAUAGCAGUAGCCAUUCAUUCGUUUUAGGGCGAAUGUUAACUGAAGUGGACGACCUCGAAGCCUGAAGCUACUGCGCAAAACAGCGGCAAGAGCCCCGGGUAUCGUUUCGACAAUCUGCAGGUUGACAGACCACGGUGGAGUUUCAACUUUUAGCUAACUAACGUCGCAGUCGGCAAGCAGGUCGACCGGCUAGCACAACGGAUAAAACUAAGUGGGUACGUUGAAGAGCAAAUAGAAGGCUUGGCUAGUUGGCAAUACGCAUUUUUAUUAAUUUUUUUUUCAUCUGUUGCUAGUCAAAGCAAAAUCGCCGUAAUUUGAGGCGUAGCCUUUCGGACGUAGUCAGAGACAACAGCCUAUUCCAGGGGACCAACCGUCACACGCUUGAAAUGCCUUCUACUUGUAACUAACGACUGACUGUGGAAAAUUACAAUGGGUUGUGUCGGAAGGUAACUUGCUCGGUCUUAACCAACCAUGUAAGCUGUCUCGUCGUGAAAAGACAUUUGACUCGUGACUGUUAGCUGUUGGACUGUACAGGAGGAGCCCUCCGAACAACAACAACAAGAAAAGACGCACCGAACCAGAGGGUACUUCCGAGCACUCCCCUCGGCGCAGAAGCCCGUGUUCACAGUCCUACUAACUGGAGCGUUUUACUGUUGGACGCCCCCAUAUGCCUGCACCUACGCCCGUGUCAGCGUCCUGAAGACGGACAGAGACAGAGGGAGGGAGGCGACGGCAGCUCCCGCGUCCCCGACACUCAGCCGAGGAGAGGCAUUGCUGAAAUGAGAUGAGGCUCAGAAAUGGAACUGUGGCCACUGUGAUUAUUUUCUUGACAUCUUUCCUCAGCCUGUCCUGGUACACAGCGUGGCAGAAUGGCAAAGAGAAGCUGAUAGCAUACCAGCGGGAGUUCCAUGCCUUGAAAGAGCGCCUUCGUGUGGCAGAGCAUAGGACGCUGCAGCGCUCGUCUGAGCUCAACAAUAUUCUUGAGCAGUUCAGACAUGCCAUUGCCGAGACUAACAACAGCAAAGAUGCCCUCACAAACUUCUCAGAUGAGACACAGAAACUAUUGAAGGAGCUUGCAAAUAGGAAACCUCUCCAGGUGCCAGAUAUUUACCAUCACCUGCCUCAUCUACUCAACAAUGAGGGCAGCCUGCACCCUGCUGUGCAGGUUGGUCUCGGCCGUACGGGAGUUACCAUGGUUAUGGGGAUCCCCACAGUGAAGCGGAAGGUGAAGUCUUACCUCUCGGAGACACUGCGUUCGCUAAUAGACAAGUUAUCACCUGAGGAGAAACUUGACUGUGUUAUAAUUGUCUUUGUUGGGGAGACUGACCUGGAGUAUGUGCACAGCGUGGUUGCUGGCCUAGAGAAAGAGUUUUCUACAGAGCUGAGUUCAGGUUUGUUGGAGGUGAUCUCUCCACCAUCCACCUAUUAUCCUGACCUCACCAACCUCAAAGAGACUUUUGGAGAUUCGAGAGAGAGAGUCAAAUGGCGAACCAAGCAGAAUCUGGACUAUUCCUUCCUCAUGAUGUAUGCUGUGAGCAAAGGGGUUUAUUAUGUCCAGCUGGAGGAUGACAUUGUGGCCAAGCCCAACUAUUUUGCCACUAUGAAAAACUUUGCUCUGCAGCUCUCGUCAGAGGACUGGAUGAUCCUGGAGUUCUCUCAGCUGGGCUUCAUUGGAAAAAUGUUCCAGGCUCCAGACCUAAACCUCAUUGUUGAGUUCAUCUUCAUGUUUUACAAGGAGAAGCCCAUUGACUGGCUGCUGGACCAUAUUCUCUGGGUCAAAGUCUGCAAUCCAGAGAAAGACGCGAAACAUUGUGAGCGUCAGAAGUCCAGCCUACGUGUACGGUUCAGACCCUCUCUAUUUCAGCAUGUGGGGCUCCAUUCUUCUCUUGCUGGAAAGAUCCAGAAACUCACAGACAAAGACUUCCUUAAGCCACUGCUCCACAAGAUGCAUGUCAACCCCCCAGCUGAGGUUUCCACUUCAAUGAAGGUGUAUCAGGGUCACACGCUGGAGAAGACGUAUCUAGGAGAGGACUUCUUCUGGGCCAUUACUCCUACUGCUGGAGACUACGUCCUCUUCAAAUUUGACAGGCCUGUUAGCAUAGAGAGGUUCCUAUUUCGCAGCGGUAACCAGGAGCACCCAGGGGACAAGAUCGAGAACACCACGGUGGAAAUACUGCCCGUCUCGGAAACUGGACUGCAGACCAAAGAGAAGUACAAACGAACAGAGGACCACUUUUAUAGAAUUGGUCAGUUUGAGAAGGGUGUGGCAGAAGGGGCUGUAGAUCGCUCCUUCAAUCCUGUUGUCGCGCUUCGGCUUUCAGUUCUUAAAGACUCCGCUGUGUGGGCCAUCCUUAGUGAAAUACAUAUAAAGAGGAUAGCUGGCUGAUUGUUCUUGAGGGGGCACAUUAGUCUUGGCCCCUGGGGGACCAAAAUCUCCUGGACUGCUUAAGCAGGGCCUUUGGAACCUAGCAACCAGCAGUGAAAUGAUUAGAGUUGUUCAUCUGUCUGAGGAAUGUCACCUCUGUCCCCAGCUAUUCUUAAUGUACCUUGUUAUUCUUCUUCUCAUCUAUCAAUUUCUCUUUGUUUCUGACUCUCCCCCUCACUCUUGUGCUCUUAAUUCAUUUGUGAGAAUGUGAAUACUACUAUUUAAAGAACAACAGCAGAGUGUGAAACAACAUUUGUUCCCAGCUCUGGCUCUCAAAGUGACUAUGUUGCUCAGCAGCUUUGAACACAAUCAGAAAACGCCUAGAGGAAUGAGGACAAAUCAUCACAUCUGGGAAGAACCAGUGAUCUGGCCACUGGUGUAGAUGCUGCCAAAUCCUUCUGCUGCUCGAUGCUGCCACCUUUGGGCAAGCUGGGGCAUUGCACUGUCUCUAGUGCCUCAGCAAAGCCUGUGAUGAUCAAGAAUGUUGUCAUCACUAAUGGCCAGCUGCUCUCUGUUCUUGAUCAAUACCAGCCCAAGCAAAAAUAUUUCCCUCACUCCUGAGGUAUUAUAAGUCACAUGCAAAUGCUCCACUUGUCCUGAAACACAAACUCAGGAUGAGCUUACUGUUCCAAAAUCCUGCCUGGAGCCAGUCAGUGACAACUUUGACCAUAGGCCAGAUUCUGUGGUACUUACCCCGGUCCAUCAAAAACAUAAGUACCAUGACGCCAUAUCUGCCUCACCUCCUGUCUGACAGGCCGCGUAUCCAUUUAUAGUAAACCAAUCAGACAUUGACUGGUCUCAUUGUCCUGAAGGAAUAUAUUAUUAUAUUGAUAUAUUGUUACAGCUAUGAUGAUCUAUGAAGGUGACUUAAUUUAUUGGAAAUAAAUCUUUAAUUUGUACAAGAGGUAAAUAUAUUUUUAUUCUAUUUGAAGAGGUUUAUGGUAGUUCAGUAUGUUUUAUUUGUGCUGUUU